GUUCCAAAGUAUAAGAACAUAUUCAAGGAGGGUAAAGUGUAUGCCAUUAGAAGCUUUCUAUGCAUCACUAAUUUCUUCAAAUAUAAAACAAGCAGUCACCGAUACCUGAUCAAAUUCAAACAUGAUACUCUAGUGAAGGAGUACAAGCGUGUUAAUUUCCCAAAAACAAUGUUUCGCUUCAAAAGUUUUGAAGCCAUACUUUCAAAGCAAGGAAUUGAUGAGAAAGUGUUGAUAGAUGUGAUUGGUCGUAUUGUGGAGAUAUAUUCACCACUGGAGAAGACAAUAGCGGGGAAAAAGAGUAGGCUUAUUGACUUUGUACUUGAAGACUCUUGGUAUGAUUCUUUACUCUAUUUUUAAUCCCUAAGUUUGACUAAUGUUGAUUUUAUAAUUUUAUCUUAACCAUUUUCUGCUGUUUUUAAAAUCUUUUGUAGUAAGAAGCAAAUUAAGUGUACACUGUGGGACGAGCAUGUGGAUCAAGUAACUCCUUACUUCCACUCAGCUGCUAAUGAUCCAGUCAUUGUUUUGAUUCAGUUGUGCCGACCUAAAUUCAUGGACAGUGAGUGCUAUGUAUUUAUUUUGUUAAUUUACAUCUAUGUUUCUACUCAGUUUUAUCAAGGUUUGUAUUGACUAAAAUCAUUUUUGCAGAUGGUGAAGUACGUAUCUGCAGCUCCUUUGAUGCUACUCAGCUUUUUUUUCUCACACUCUUGCAAAGAGUUUCGUGAGUUAAGGAGCAGGUCAGAUUCUUUAACCUCUUUUUACUGUUAUUCUAAAGAAAUAUAAAUUUUCUGUACUAACAUACAUUUUCCUGAUUUCUGUUAGUAGCUAUAACAGUGACCAUACACCUUUACGGUGUAUAGAUUCUGAAUCAAGGCUAUCUGAUACUUAUCUUGGGCGUGCUAUGCGUGCUAAUGAUGUGCUAAUUACUUCUAUUCAAGAUAUAUACUCCAAAAAACAAGUAAUGUAUUCUGCAAUGUCACUAGCUAAGUUACUUAUUUACUAAGGUUCAAGACCAUUUACAUUAGUUCACCUUUACCUUUUUUUAGCUAAGUUACUUAUUUACCUAAUUAUUACUUGCAGCUAGGGGAGUAUUGGGUGGUAGGACGAAUUGUGGAUGUAGAGAGUUUAAGUGACUGGCAUUACAUCUCUUGCAAGAGUAAUUCUUGCAGGAGAAAGGUUGCUGCUGAUGGUGGUAUGAUGUACUGUGGUGGCUGUAAAAGUUCCUGGCAUGAGGGAGUUGUGAGAUAUAGGGUGAUUAUACGUGUAGCUGAUCAAACUGGGAUGCUCCUAUGCUUCUAUGGGAUCGUGAGUGUGCAGAGUUGGUAGGUGUUUCAGCUGGUGAUUUAAAAGCUAAGUAUCCAGAGGUAGGUAUCAACACUUAGACAACAUAGAUGGGUAUUGAGGAUAGUAGUUUAAAUGUUCAUGUGUUUUUCCUUUAAAUCUUUGUAGGGGAAUAAGUGUAUUCCACCUGAGCUAGGUUGUUUGCGGGAUAUGUCUAUGUUGUUUCGUGUUGCUAUGAAGAAGGAACAGAUAGAGAGUUACUAUUCUGCUUUCACAGUCCUAAGGAUUUGCAGGGAUGAAGCAGUGCUUACACAGCACUGCUCAGGUCUUUCAGUUGCCAGUUUAGAACCAGAAAAUGGUUCUGUUCAUGAAAAUGGUUUUCAGGAUGGGGAUGCAGAUGGUGAUGCAGGUUCAGAGGAAUUCUAUGGUAGUGAUGAUGAAGACUGUGUUGUGGUGGAGGAUGGGUCUCAAGGUUUAUCUAUGGACAAAUUUGCUGGCUUGGAUGAGAUUGAAGAUGGUUUAGGUGUUGAUGCUAAUGAUGUUCCUCUCAAGAGGUCUUUGUUUAAAGACUUUGAGAAUGUUGGGACAUCGAAGAAGGCUAAGGAAGUGGUGGUGAAGAAAGGAAAGUAGUCAGUUCUACUGGAAAAGUUUUUGCUGGUUUUGGUUUUUGGUUUUUGUUGGUUAGGGCUAAAAAUGUGCAUAGGCUGCAAUUUACUGCUACCAAGUAGAUCCAUUCUACUUUCCUGAUUUGCUCUUAGUUUUGUGAAAGCUGCAUUAGCAGCAUAGCCUAAUGUACUUAGCUUUAGCAGUAGCAGUUAAUGUUUCUUAGUAGUGUACUAAGCCUUCUAAUGUGUACUAAGCCUUCUAUGCUACUAAGCCUUCUAUGCUACUUACGAUUAUAAAGUCAUAUUUGCAAUUACUCUAUUAAUCUAGACAGAGCAAAACAUUCUCA